CGUGUAUUACAGCAAGCUACCCACCACAAAUUGGCGACGAGGACAGGAUUAAUUUUCUUUAUUCCUAUUUGCAACACGAGAUUGAAGCAUUUGAAUUGAAAUAAAAUAGGGGAAUCAGCGAUGGAACCAAACAAAUUAUUUGGGAAUUUACCACCACUGUCGUUAGCAGGCGUUCCCCUAACCGAGCGGCGAACAAAAUGGACGACGUGGAAACGGGGGUUCGAAAUUUGGUUGCGUACGGCGAAGAUAGUGGACGGAACGGAGAAAAAGAAUUUACUUUUAACUUGUGGUUCUCUCGAGCUGCAAGAAAUAUUUUUCAGCAUUCCAGAUGCAGAUGUAGAGGCGGACGUAGACCAGGGCGUAGACCCAUACGAGAUUGCUAUUCUUAAAUUGGAUGAAUAUUUCGCUCCACAAAGACACGAAGCACACGAGAGAUUUUUGUUUUGGUCAAUGAAACCGGAGCCGGAAGAAACGCUAGAGAAAUUUGUAAUGCGUGCCCAAGCUCAUGGCUCCAAGUGCAAUUUCGGGGCAACUGCGGCAGAGAGUGCAGGGAUUGCAAUCAUUGACAAAGUGCUUCAGUUUGUACCGGCAAAUUUGCGAGUCAAACUUCUGCAAGAAAAAAACUUGUCUCUGGACGAAGUCAUUAAACAAAUAAAUUCGUAUGAAACAUCCCGAGUUGCCAACGAACAAAUGAGCGGUAGGAGCAAAUCUUUUGAAAUAGAUAACCAACACAUCCAUCAUAUAAAAACAUUGUGUCGAUUCUGUGGUCGUACCCAUGGGCAACAAUCUUGCCCGGCACGAGACAAAACGUGCGCAAAAUGUGGCAAGCGAGGUCAUUUCGCUGUUGUAUGCUACUCAAAUGCUGGACAAACUUCAAAUAGACUACAUACGAAUCAAAGAAUGCAAAAGAGGCCGUUCGGAGGGCACUUUAAUGAUUCGGAACUAAAUAAGAAAACGGCAAAGUUUGCAAGGAAAAUUCACGCAAUCCAGGAUGACGGAAAUGAACCUCUUGAGUGUGAAUUAGUGGAGAUGGUAUCUUCGGCAAACGAUUCAGACGAAUUGAUCUGGGCGAAAGUAGGCGGUAUCCUUAUCGAGAUGCAAAUUGAUUCUGGAGUCCAAUCGAAUAUCAUAGACGAUAGAACGUGGGCGUCAAUGAGGAAUAACCAAGUCAAGAUCAUUGGCGAGGCACGGAGUCCGGAUCGGAAGUUCAAGGCAUACGCUCAGACCGAUUGUUUAGAAAUAAUUACGAUGUUUGAGGCGGAAAUAGCUAUUGCGGACGGGUUGAAAGAACUCCGUACAAUUUCCAAAUUUUACGUAGUUAAAAAUGGUCCACAACCACUUUUGGGAAAAAUCACCGCAAAACAGCUUGGAGUAUUAUAUGUUGGAUUACCUAGCCAGCAUGAAUCAAUCAACCAGGUUGAAACAUUUCGCGCGUUCCCCUCAAUUCGUGGAGUCAGCAUCCACAUUCCAAUUGAUAAGACGGUGACACCCGUAGCUCAGCGACUCCGACGAUUGCCUUUGCCCAUGCUAGAUAAAGUUGAUAGUAAACUAAACGAGUUGGUCGCUAAAGACAUAAUAGAGAAAGUAUCGGAACCGAGCAGCUGGGUUUCACCCAUGGUGAUAGUUGUAAAAGAUUGUGGAAGUAUUCGGCUUUGCAUAGACAUGCGGCAAGUUAAUAAAGCAAUUUUGCGAGAAACGCAUCCACUACCAACCAUAGAAGACAUACGUUGGAGAAUGAAUGGUGCUAAAUACUUUUCUCGCCUUGACAUAAAGGAUGCUUUUCAUCAACUACUGCUCGAUGAAGAAAGUAAAACUCUCACAACUUUUAUCACCCACCGUGGACUUUAUCGUUAUAAACGAAUGAUGUUUGGGAUUUCAUGCGCUCCAGAGAAAUUCCAAAAAAUAUUGGAACAAGUUUUGGCCGACUGUCCAAACACAGUCAAUUUUAUCGACGAUAUCAUAGUUACGGGAAAAACUGAGACCGAACACGAUUUAGCACUAGAGAAAGUGAUGGAAAAGAUUGAGGAAUAUGGCAUUUUACUUAAUCAAUCUAAGUGCGUUUUCAAACUCACAGAAAUCGAAUUCGUUGGCCAACGUUUUAACCAGAACGGAAUGCUCCCUGCACUAAACAAAAUUGAAGCAAUAAGAAGCUUUCGGCCACCCAAAAAUUGUGAAGAGGUUCGGAGUUUUCUGGGAUUAAUUACUUACGUGGGAACGUUCAUUCCAAACUUAGCCACAGUUUCAUUCCCACUACGCGAAUUAACAAAGAACAACGCCGAAUUCGUUUGGGAGCGAGACCAGAACAAAGCAUUUAACGAACUGAUCCGGUUAGUUUCUAACGUCGAAAGAUUAGCCCAUUUUGAUCCUCAUCUAAAAACCCGAGUAGUGGCAGAUGCGUCCCCAGUAGGGUUAGGAGCCGUCCUCCUUCAGUUCCAGAACGAGCAGCCUAAAGUAAUAGCUUAUGCCAGCAAGAGCCUAACGAGUACCGAGCAACGGUAUGCACAAACAGAAAAGGAGGCACUAGCGUUAGUAUGGGCCGUGGAACGGUUCCAAAUCUAUCUAUUCGGAAUACGAUUCGAGCUGGAAACGGACCAUAAACCUCUAGAGGCUAUCUUUAGCCCCACAUCUUCUCCUUGUUUGCGGAUUGAGCGUUGGGUCUUAAGGCUGCAGGCUUUUAGCUAUGAUGUAAUUUAUCGGAAAGGAAAAACGAAUAUAGCUGAUCCUCUGUCUCGGUUGUCAAGUCCUACUGAAGUAUCAGAAUUUGAUCCAGAUUCUACAGUAUAUAUCCGCAGCGUGAUGGAAAAUGCUGCAAUCGAUGUGCAAGAGGUAGAGAUUGCUUCUUCGAAUGAUGCCGAAAUGCGGGCUCUUAAGGAGUGUUUGGAAAGAGGUGCGUGGAAUUAUACAGAUGAACUACUGAAACCUUACCAAGCAUUUCGAUUGGAACUCGGAACAGUUGGAGACCUAGUAGUCCGCGGUAGCAAACUAGUAAUACCGAAAGCUAUCCGGCAAAGAAUGCUAGAACUGGCACACGAAGGGCAUCCUGGACGCACUAAAAUGCAACAACGACUGCGAUGUACUUGCUGGUGGCCAGGAAUGGAUGAAGCUAUUGCUCGACUGGUUAGCAGCUGCUCAGGCUGCCAAUUGGUCAGCCAACCAGAUAAACCGGAGCCCAUGAAGCGAAGGCCACUACCACAUAAGCCUUGGGUAGAUGUAGCAAUCGAUUUUUUGGGCCCACUACCAACUGGUGAUUAUCUACUAGUAAUCAUUGAUUACUUCAGUCGGUACAAAGAGGUCGAAAUUGUUAAGAAAAUUACAGCGAUUGAAACAUCUGAACGACUUGAACGAAUAUUUGUGCGUCUUGGCUAUCCGAGAACCAUAACACUCGACAAUGGAAGGCAAUUUGUGAGCAAUUAUUUUGACAACUAUUGCAAACAGCGAGGAAUAUUGCUUAACAAGACAACCCCAUAUUGGCCGCAAGAAAAUGGUCUGGUUGAACGCCAGAACAGGUCUUUGCUAAAAAGGCUGAAGAUAAGCCAGGCUCAGAACGGGGAUUGGAAAAAAGAUUUGGGGGCGUAUCUCUCCAUGUACUACGCCACUCCACACAGCACCACAGGGAAAACACCGAGUGAGUUGAUGUUCAACCGAAAUAUCCGGACAAAAAUACCAUCAUUGGGAGACAUCAGUACCGGAUCUGCAUUACCAAUGUCUGAUUACAGGGAUAGAGACACAUGUAUGAAGGAAAAGGGAAGAGUGACAGAAGAUCAACGACGCAAAGCAAAACCGUCUGAUAUAAUAGUAGGAGAUAGAGUCCUAUUGAGGAAUACAAUGCCAGGCAACAAACUGAGUACACCCUUUGGACCACAGAUUGCAAAAGUAAUUGAGAAGCAAGGUUCUCGCGUAACAGUACAGGAUGAGCAAAACGGGAAAUUAUAUGACAGGAAUUCGAGCCACCUAAAAGAGUACAAGGACCCAGACGAUCAUAGGGAUGGUUGUGAGAGGGUGGUGGAUAACCAGGAGGAAGGAGUAGGUUUUAAUGAACCAACGACCGAAGAGAUACCGAGAACACUCUCCCGUCCGAAACGAGAAAUUAAACGUCCCGCUAGGUUCCUAUCAUAGAGUAAGAGAUUGGGUGAAAUAAUCAGAUGAAAUCAAAUAGUAAAUAAAUAAUUUGGGGAAUUGUAUUUAUCGUUCAUUAUUCGGAAAAAAGGGAGAUGUGGUAUGUGUUGUAAGAGCUCGGCUUUAUUCCGCUCCUUGCUAGAGCGCGGUAUAAUCUGACAACGAUGACAGAUAGUCAGAACACAUACAGAACGGAGUGAAGCCAGAUCGUGUAUUACAGCAAGCUACCCACCACACAUACAAUGCCCAUUUAUUGAGUAGGAUUUACAACGUACCACGUCGGUUCUUGUGGGAAGGUGCAGUGAAGGGUAAAAGGCGCACAUACACAAAAAAAAACAAAAGAAACAAAACAGACAUGUAGAGUGAAUUAAAAGUCAAAACAGCUCGAAAGUGAACCUGAAAGAGACAGUUAAAAAAGCAAGAAACGAGAACAAAUAAGUAGUAUAUGCAGAAGAGGAAAGAAUUAAAAAAAUCACACACACACACACACACAUACACAACAUAGUAGACUAAACAACAAAACCAUGAAAAUUGGAAUUUGAACAAGAAAAAACAAAAACCAACACAAACAAACAACUUUACACCAGCAGCAGCCAUACAAGUAUGAGGAUUUAUAGGGUAAGAGCGGACGGUGAUCAUGCACGCACGUGAUAGUGCCGUUGAAAGUGUUUAUUGAUGAUCAUAUAUAUAUUAUAUCUUGCAUAUUGUAUUUGUGUGUGUGUGCGCUGGAUGCGAGGGAUGAAUUGAGAGUGCGUGUUGUACUAUACCUCUCCAAAUAAAAUAAAAACACUCACACUUACACCCAUCACUCUAAGUAGAGGGUUUUCUUCCUGAUCUUAAAUAGAACGUUAAUGAUCGAGGACAGUAACAGGACAGGAAUCAUACAUAAACAAUACUUAACGCAACACGCAACACACAUGCAGUGGAAUGGUUCGUUAGAGGAGAAGAGGACAACAUUACAAGACAAGAUUGAAUGUAGCCGAAGCAGUAAGCAAAAGGAAGUGUUUAUUGAAACAAUAAUAGUGAAAUAAUGAAAAGGAGCAACAAAAACAAAAACACACACACGCACACACACACUCUCACAGUUCAUCAAACCAAGAAUACCUUACAAAUUGCAGUAAAACACACAUAAAAAUGAACAUGAAA